GUUCCCAACUCCGCUACCAAAGGAGGAGGAAUUGGCUGAGAAGACAUAUCUUCAUAUAUUUUUUACCUCUGUCCAGAGUUGGCUGCAUCACCUUGUAUCAUUUUCAAGGGGUCGACUUUAAAACGAGCCACACCAUUGAUGUCUUAAGCUGUCGUGGAGCAAAGGGAGAGAGUGUGUGAGUGAGGGUGUGUGGUGUGUGUGAUUUUUUUUUUAAGAGGAGAGGAAGCAGUGAUGGAAGAGCUCACCGCUUUCGUGUCUAAGUCUUUCGAUCAGAAAGUGAAGGAGAAGAAGGAAGUGAUAACCUACAGAGAGGUGUUGGAGACCGGGUCGACGCGAGCAGGGAGCAGGGAGUCUUUAUCCGCGGAGCCGGGGAGCCGAGAGGAGCCGGCCGCCGUUAACCGGAACGUUGCGCUCUCGCCGGGCAGGGAAACGGACAUGCUCGGCCCGGAAAGAAUCAGGGACGCCGGGAGCCCCAAACUCAUUGACGGCACCACGGAUGUAAAAGAGAGGAAAGAGGACUCGAAGCCCAUUGAAGACGAGACACAAACUAAAAUCAAACAGAGGAGAAGUCGGACUAACUUCACAUUAGAGCAGCUCAAUGAGCUGGAGCGGCUCUUCGACGAGACCCACUAUCCGGACGCCUUCAUGCGGGAGGAGCUUAGCCAGCGACUGGGACUGUCGGAGGCCCGAGUACAGGUUUGGUUCCAGAAUAGAAGAGCCAAAUGCAGAAAGCAGGAGAACCAAUUACAUAAAGGAGUCCUGAUUGGAGCAGCGAAUCAGUUUGAAGCUUGUCGUGUAGCGCCAUAUGUCAACGUGGGGGCUUUACGGAUGCCAUUCCAACAGGAUAGUCAUUGCAACGUGCCGCCCUUCUCCUUUCAGGUGCAGGCGCAGCUACAGCUGGACAGCGCCGUGGCCCACGCUCAGCACCACCUGCACUCUCACCUGGCGGCGCACGCGCCCUACAUGAUGUUCCCAGCGCCGCCGUUCGGCCUUCCCCUGGCGACGCUCGCGGCAGAGUCAGCCUCCGCCGCCUCCGUCGUGGCCGCCGCCGCUGCCGCCAAGAACACCAGCAAAAACUCCAGCAUCGCCGAUCUAAGACUGAAGGCCAAAAAGCACACGGCCGCGUUGGGACUGUGA